AUGAGUACGCUAGCCACUCGUCCUAUCACGCAUUCGCUGCACUACAGUCAAGAAGUGCUGAAUCGGGUCUCGUUCUUGAGAAAAGACCCGCAGUUCUUGGAAGAAGCCCUGACACAUGCAGAAACCGUAUUCAUCCCAUUCCAUGACUACAUGCCGUUUGUAGACGAACGCAACGGCGUCAUGGCACGUUUGCACCGCAAGGAAAUCGGCGACGUGAUUGAACCCAAAAAUUCGGCCCGCAACUUGGUUUUCCUGGGAUUGUCGCUGUCUGCCAAGUCCAACUUCGUCUACAGUGCAAGAUACCGUGGCACACCAACUUUUGCAUUGAACGUGUCCAACACGGGGGGCCUGGAAGCCAGUCAAUUACUAGAGGUGUUGCAGUCGUACCGGAAACUGGAGUCCUUCAAGGACCUGAACCGUCUCACGCUCGAGGAAUCCAGCAUUGUGUCGCAAGCCAGGAUGUACCUGCAAUGGCUUGACACACACAAGUUCUGCUCGAUCUGCGGGUCCAAGACCAUUGCAGCGGAUGCUGGCACGAGACUAACGUGUUCGAACGGCGACUGCGUCUCCAACCACCGCGUUUCCAACGUGUGCUUCCCCAGAACCGAUGCCGUCGUUAUCAGCGCCAUCACGAACCGCGACAACUCCAAAGUCCUGCUAUGCAAGUCUGGCGCGCCGCGAAAUAAGGAACGCAAGCUUUACAGCUGCGUGAGUGGCUUCUUGGAACCGAGCGAGACCCUGGAAGUGGCCGUUGCGCGCGAGAUUUGGGAAGAGACCGGUCUCAACACCGACAAAGUCGACAUUUUGAUGAGCCAGCCAUGGCCCUUCCCGAACAAUCUCAUGAUCGGAUGCGUGGCCGUUGCUGACGACGCCCAGAUCCCCGAUCUCACCCACGACUGCGAACUGGACGAGGUUCGGUGGGUUCCGUGUUCCGUGCUCGAAUCAAUCUUGAGCCAGGAGGAAUCAAGCUCUGGCUUCAUCCAGGAUGAAGCUACAGGUCUGAACCUACCUAACAACAAAUCCGUCGCCUACAUGCUGAUGAGCUACAUUGUCGACAAGAGCAAAGCCAAAACGAAUUUACAACCAAACUGA